UGGGGUUCAGGCCCUGGAAGAUGCGCUAGAAGCGUACGCAGAAGUGAACUAUCAAAGAUGCAGGAGGUCGUCUUCUUCCCGCUUCUCCUGGGUGCCCUGUCAGGUGGACAGGCACUACACCUAAUCCACUUACCCGCUAUGAGCAAAGUAGCAGAGAAUUCUCCACCUGAGACGUCAGUGCACAAGUUUUCUGUGAAUUUAUCAGCAUCACUGUCACCUGUGGUCCCAGGGUUCCCCCUGAUAAUCAACUCCAGUCCCCUCACUCGGGCCUUCAGGGUGAACUGGCUGUCGGACACUGACUUUGAGGUUGUCACCACUGGGAUGGAACAAUUAGAUUUUGAAGCAGGACCACACAUAUUUGACUUGCAGAUUUAUGUGAAGGAUGACAUGGCUGUCACUGACCUGCAGGUCCUGACAGUCCAGGUGACAGAUGUGAAUGAGCCGCCUGAGUUUCAGGGCAACUUGGCAAAAGGUCUAGAUCUCUAUAUAGUGGAAGGAACAAAGCCCGGAUUCGUUUACCAGAUGGAGGCCUUCGAUCCAGAAGACACAAGUCAAAACCUACCCCUCAGUUAUCUCCUGAUUUCCCCUUCAAAGAAUUUCAGAAUGUCUGCUAAUGGGACCCUCUUCUCCACAACAGAAUUUGACUUUGAAGCAGGACACAGCAGUUAUCAUCUCAUCGUGGAAGUGAGAGAUAGUCAAGGACUUGGAGCAUCCACGGAGCUGCACGUGAAUAUCGUGAACAUCAAUGAUGAGAUCCCACGCUUCACCAGCCUGACACACACGUACACGAUUCCCGAGGAGCUGAGUCCAGGAAUCAUCGUGGCCCAUAUCACAGCGGAGGACCCUGAUGAUAAAGGUUUUACCCACUUCCUUCUCUACAGCAUCACUACUGUCAACAGCUAUUUCAUGAUCAAUCAAUUGACUGGGACCAUCCAAGUGGCGCGCAGGAUAGACCGAGAUGCAGGUGAAUUAAGACAAAAUCCCAUCAUAUCUCUGGAGGUUCUGGUGAAGGAUAGACCCUCCGGGGGUCAAGAGAAUCGCAAGCAGAUAACCUUCAUUGUGGAAGACAUUAAUGACAACCCCUCGACAUGCACCAAGUUCACCUUCAGCAUCACGGUGCCUGAGAGAGCAGCCAGGGGGACGUUGCUUCUGGACCUGAACAAGUUCUGCUUUGAUGAUGACAGCAAAGCACCAAACAACCAAUUCAACUUCACCACGCCAUCUGGAGUGGGGAGCGGCAGCAGGUUUUUACAGGAUCCAGCUGGCUCUGGGAAAAUCGUGUUGAUUGGUGAUCUAGAUUAUGAAAAUCCCAGUAAUCUAGCAGCCGGCAAUAAAUACACCAUGAUAAUUCAGGUACAGGAUGUUGCUGCUCCUUACUAUAAAAAUAACAUCUACAUUUAUAUCUUAACAAGUCCAGAAAAUGAGUUUCCUCUUGUCUUUGAUAGUCCGUCCUAUGUAUUUGCCGUGUCAGAACUGAGCCCACCUAGAACCCGGGUUGGACGAGUGCAAGCGACAGAUAAAGACUUCCCCCAGAGCCGUAUCACAUACUCCAUCUCUGCUGGAGGGGCCAGCCAGCAGUACCCAAAUAUAUUUUGGAUUAAUCCCCAAACGGGAGAACUCCAGCUGGUGACUAAAGCAGACUAUGAAACAAUCCCUGUCUAUAGUCUCAGAAUCCAGGCCACCAACAGCGAGGACAGCAGCUCAGUCACUGUUACUGUGAACAUCGUUGAAGAAAAUGAUGAAAAACCAAUUUGUACCCCAAACUCAUAUUUCCUGGCCAUCCCAGUGGAUCUGAAAGUUGGCACAAAUAUUCACAACUUCAAGCUCACAUGUACUGACCUUGAUUCCAGCCCUAGGUCUUUUCGUUACUCCAUUGGCACAGGCAACAUCAACAGUCAUUUCACUUUCUCUCCCAACGCUGGGUCCAAUGUUACAAGCCUGAUCCUGGCGACUCGCUUUGAUUAUGCUAGUGGGCUUGAUGAGAUCUGGAACUACAAACUGCUUGUCUACAUAACCGAUGACAACUUGCUGUCCGGCAGGAAGAGGGCUGGGGCUCUUGUUGAAACCGGGACCGUGUCACUGAGUAUUAGUGUCAUUCCUCACCCAACCACGAUUAUCCCCACAACUCCCAAGCCAAGGAUCACCUACCAGAUCCUGAGGAAGAACGUGUAUUCUCCAUCUGCGUGGUAUGUGCCUUUUGUCAUCACUUUGGGCUCCAUGUUGCUUCUGGGUCUUCUGGUGUCCACGAUCGUCCUGCUGGCCAAAGCCAUCCACAGACACUGUCCCUGCAAGACUGCGAAGCACAAGAAACCUCUGGUGAAGAAAGUAGAAAUGAAGAACACAAAGAGAGAGGUCAUGGUGGAAACAAUCCAGAUGAACACAGUCUUUGACGGAGAAGCCACUGAUCCAGUUACUGGGGCAAUAUAUGAAUUCAACUCAGAGACUGGAACCAGAAAGUGGAAAGACUCCUUAACCCAAAUGCCAAAAUGGAAAGAGUCCAACCCCCAGGGAGCUGCUCCAAGAAGACCUGUACCUCGGGAAGGGACCAGGCCACCAAGGAGCGCCGACAAGGAAAGAGAUGGUCUGAGCAGCAAAGUCCAGGCUGAGGAUGCAGGUCUGGGGCCCAGGAGCCAGGACAGCAUGUCGAGCACCCCAAAGAACAGAAACCCAGACGUUACGAGAGGGGCAUCCCCCAAACGGCACCCAGAGAAGUGAACUGGGCAACAAAGCAAGCAAACUUGGCUGUCUGGAUGCUGCUUCACCAAACUACAUUCUUCGAGGGCAGGAUGGGAAGCAGAAAAUGUAGGGGAUCCAGGGUCCCAGAAGGAAUGUUUGACAAACUUCAGGAGUGGUUUUGCUCAAAUCAUCUGUGCCUCUGAUCAGCUGGACUGUUAACUUGAAUGUGGACUAGUGUUUCUUCUUCAUAUUGACUCUAGGAAGCCGCCUUCCAUUCCAUUCACCCUUAGAAAGUGCAGGAGACCUGCUGCCUAAAUUCUGAGGGCUACCCUCCCGUCUGGUGCCACCUUUUUUUUUUUUUUUUCCCUGCCUUAAUUUUGGUGUCUCCCAGAUUUCUUCACUGAUAAAUACAGUUCAGCACCAUUGUAAGUCACCUCUAAUCUUUUUCUAAAGAGGCAGAGCAGUGGGGGAAAAAUGAUGAAUAAAUAAAAAGUUGUUCAUCUGGAAAGAAGAAAACACACUAGAUACCUUUAAUUCUUUCUCAUUAAGGUAAAACUGAUAAUGCAAUAAAACGCACAGAUCUAAGGCACUCAGCUUGAUACCAUGUAGACUCCUGCCAGAGGCAACCACUAUUCGGGUCUUUAUUGUCAUAAAUUACUUUUGCCUUUUUGG